AGACGAAAAGGAAAAGACAAAAAAUUGCAAGCAAAGCCUGCCUUCACGGUUUGUCACUGAUCUGUUCUGCUGGCAACUUUCUCAAACCCAUACAUUAACAUUAUUCUCGUUCUCUCUCUCUCUCUCUUCCAAACCCUGCAGACCUGGCUUUUUCUUAAACCAGUUUCAAAUUUCUCAGCUCCACUUCGACAAUGAACGACCUCUUAACGGACUCAUUUGAGAUCCCCCAGGGUCAAGCUUCUAGAGGUGGAGAUAUAGAGCUAGGUGCACAGGCUUCAAUGAAUUCAGGAGAGCUGGGUUUGGAGAGUUUCUUUAAGCAGGUUACAGAGAUUGAGAAACAAUAUGGGAAGCUGGACAAUCUACUAAAAAAGCUCCAGGAUGCACAUGAAGAGUCCAAGGCUGUGACUAAGGCUCCUGCGAUGAAAGCAAUCAAGCAGCGAAUGGAGAAAGAUAUUGAUGAAGUUGGAAAAGUUUCCCGUUACAUAAAAUCAAAAAUUGAAGGACUCGACAAAGAGAAUUUAACAAAUAGGCAGAAGCCUGGUUGUGGAAAAGGAACAGCUGUAGACCGAACGAGAAUGGCAACAACUAUUUCCUUGAAAAAGAAGUUGAAGGAUAAGAUGGCUGAAUUUCAGACUUUACGGGAAGCUAUCCAUAAAGAAUAUUGCGAGGUUGUUGAGAGGCGUGUCUUUACAGUAACGGGCACAAGAGCUGAUGAAGAGACAAUUGAGAGAUUGAUUGAGACUGGAGACAGUGAACAAAUUUUCCAGAAGGCAAUUCAGGAACAAGGGCGAGGCCAGAUAAUGGCCACAGUGGCAGAAAUUCAUGAGCGUCAUGAUGCAGUUAGAGAAGUGGAGAGGAAGCUUCUCGACUUACAACAGAUAUUUCUGGAUAUGGCGGUCUUGGUGGAUGCACAAGGGGAAAUGCUUGACAACAUAGAGUCACAGGUCUCAAGUGCAGUAGAUCAUGUGCAGCAAGGGAAUACUGCCCUCCAAAAGGCCAAGAAGCUACAGAAGAACUCCAGGAAAUGGAUGUGCAUUGCAAUUAUCAUCCUUCUUAUCAUUGUUGCAAUCAUUGUUGUGGCCGUAAUCAAGCCGUGGAGUAGCAACAAGGGUGCUUAGUGCUUUAUCAUUUGAAUGUAUAAAUGUAUGAGUUGCAUACCAUAGAUAACUUUUUGAAGAGCACCCAGGCGACCCAACAUUUUCAUCUAAUUAUUUGCAGUCCAUGCUUCAAACC